AUGGACACCAAAACAGCCCUUGUUCUUCAAACAUACUUGUUUCUUGUUAUCCCUCUUUCUAUUUGCAGAAAUGGCGCACAGAGAAAUUGUGCCUGCUCCUAGGACCAACCCACUGGUGAGUGACAAGUCGAAUCCUAAACCUCCGACAACAGCACCUGGCACUCAGAGUUAUUUGACUGAUCGUGAGAGGGCGAAAUUGAAACCAAGUCAGGAUGAAUUGGAUCACAGUCCAGCACAUCACAGUAACGGAGGCAGAGGUCGUUUGACGAAGGGUGAUAGGCGUUAUCGCCACUUUGCAGCUGAUGAUAUUGGAUUGAACAAGCAAAUUCAGGGCACGCAUGCUCCAGAUCAUGAAGAUCUUGAUGUGAAGCCUGUUCUUUCCAUCAUUGAGGAAAUCCUGCGACAUGGCAAAUCUUUUGACAUCGUUCAUGGAGCUCAAGUUCCAGCACAUUCAGAGUCAUACGAGGAGAAGUCCUUUCAAAGUGCUUACCAUGAUGCGGAGAUAGUUAAACUGUUGGCAUAUCCCAUAAACAAAAUUUCCUGCGAGAUAAUUUGCAAAUGUGCCGGUGGAGGAGAAGCACAUUCAAUAGCCAUUGGACUCCUCGAGACGCUGUCUAACUACGGGUGGGAUGCCAAAGUAGUUAUUACCUUUGCAGCUUUUUCAGUCACCUAUGGUGAAUUUUGGCUGGUCGAUCAACUUCGCGGGAAGAAUCAACUUGCCAAGGAUAUUGCAGCUCUGAAGGAUCUACCUGAUACAAUGGAGCAUAACGAAGAAAUUAAAAAGAAGUUUAAAGCUAUUUUCAAUCUUUUACAGACUGUACUGACUGUGACUCAGAUCAUUGUAGAGUUCAAGGAGCUCCCUACUCGUUACAUUAACCGGGAGUCACCAGAAAUGGUAUCCGCGACUGCUCACAUUCCGACGACUGUUUAUUGGAUCAUAAGGAGCAUUUUGGCCUGUGCAUCAGUACUCCUAAACCUUGUUGGCAGUGGUCAUGAGUACAUUACCUCUACUGCUGAGUCCUGGGAGAUAUUAAGUCUAGCUAAUAAGCUCUCCCACAUGACUGAGCACUUGCAAGAGCAGCUGAGGAAGUUGAAGGAGUUGAUUGAGGAUAGGAAGACAGAUGCAGCAUUAGCAGCACUGAAGAAACUCUUUGAGACAUCUCAUAUUGACAACAUGAUAAUAUUAAAGUCAAUUAUCCGUGCCCGAGAAGAUCAAAUGCCAAUCUUUGAUGGGACUAGAAGGAUAAAUGAACGCCUCGAGGUAUUGAGGUUGAAGUAUGUCCUGCUACUAAUUUCGGACCUAGACCUUCCCCAAGAAGAGCUCAACAUUCUCCAUCUGAUUUACAGCCAGCAGACGAUGAGGCACGAGUACGAGGUUCUUUGGUUUCCCAUUGUUGACCAUGCAGUGUCAAUAAGCCCAACACAGGAGAGACAAUUUCUCGAUCUUCGAAGCUCUAUGCCGUGGUAUUCUGUGGAUCAUCCUUCCUUUGUUGAUCCAGUAGCCAUUAGGUACAUCCGGGAGAUUUGGAAUUUCAUCCACAUGCCAAUGCUCGUUGUCUUGGAUCCACAAGGAAGAGUGGCGAACACCAAUGCUUUACCUAUGAUGUGGAUUUGGGGUAGUCAUGCUUUCCCCUUCACUAAACAAAGGGAAUUGGAUCUAUGGAGAGAAAGUACCUGGAAUAUGGAUUUACUAACAGACUCCAUUGAUCCACGUAUCCAGGAAUGGACUAGGGACAAUAAAACUAUAUGCUUGUAUGGUGGAGAUGACAUUAACUGGAUUCGGAGAUUCACAACUACAGUACGGGGCAUUGCAACCACAUUGCACGUUCCCUUAGAAAUGAUUUAUGUCGGAAAGAGAAAUUCAAAGGACAGAGUGAGAAGAUGCCAUGAAAUCAUAGACACGGAAAAACUUAGCCACAUUUUUCCAUUGAAGGACUUUUAUGAUUACAUUUGGUUCUUCUGGGUGAGGCUUGGGAGCAUGUGGAACUCAAAACUUCAACACGGCAUGACGGUCGAAACUGACAAAAUAAUGCAGGAAAUCAUGGCAAUGCUAACCUAUGACGGCAGUGAACAAGGAUGGGCUGUUUUCAGCAGGGGCCUGUAUGAAAUGACUAAAGGCAAAGAUGAUAUUUUGAUCACAGUUUUCGACAACUUUAACCAAUGGGGACACAGAGUGGAUCACCCUGAUAAGUUUGUCCCUGAACUAGACAAGGAGAUUAGUGGCGUCCACCCCGAACACCACUGCAACCGCCUCAUUCUGCCGGGGCAUGGAAACAUUCCAGAGAGGGUGGUUUGCUCUGAAUGUGGACGUACCAUGGACAAGUUUGUCAUGUACCGCUGCUGCACCGACUAGUCUGAUGUACUAUUACUGCUACUCCAAAGGCCUUUGCUGCUAUUAAAUAUGACAAAAUAAAAUUUCAUUAUUUUCAUGGUUUUUCCUUCUCUAUUUACAUUAUAUGCUUGUAAGCGAAAGUGAAAUGGAAAUCAAAAGUGUGUAACACCUUCUUAUGAAAGAAUUUGAAAUGAAGCAACUUGGGAAUGCAA